AUGGGUUAUGUUGGAGUCAAAAUGGACAUGAGUAAAGCCUUUGACAUGGUAAACUGGGACUUCCUUCUAAUGGUUAUCUCAAAACUUGGUUUCUCUAAUCAUAUUGUCAGUUUGGUUCGCGAAAUGAUCUCUUCAGUAUCUUACACAAUCCUUCUUGAGGGUAGAGCUAUCGGAACUGUUAGCCCAGGGAGAGGGUUAAGACAAGGUGACCCCAUGUCACCAUACCUCUUUAUUCUAAUUCUGGAAGUUUUCCAUCUAAUGAUUCUGAAAUGUCAAAGGGAGGGUUCUAUUCAUGAUAUUGCAAUUGCUAGAGGUGCCCCGUUAAUUUCAAAUCUGUUCUUUGCUGAUGACUGCUAUAUAUUCUGCCAAGCUACCGCUCAUGAAGCAAUCACACUUAAAAACUCCACCGAAUCCUUUGCUUCUGCCUCGGGUCAAACAAUCAAUCUCACCAAAUCUACCCUCACCUUUAGCAAAAAUACUGAUGUGAAUUCAAGACAUGCAUUUUGCAGCAUCAUGGGUAUGAGGGAGGGGAAUCUUAAUGGGAAUAUACUUGGCUUACCAUCACUAAUUGGGAGAAAUAAACGUGAAAUUUUGGGAUUCAUUAAAGACAAAGUGGUGGGAAGAAUCAAAAGCUGGACUCAUAAGUUCCUCUCUAGAGCUGGGCGCGAGAUACUCUUAAAGAAUGUUUUACAGGCCAUCCCUACAUUUGCCAUGAGUGUCUUCCUCCUACCUAUCGAACUUUGUAAGGAAAUUGAAAGGAUCAUGAACAGUUUUUGGUGGGGCUGUGAGGGGAAAGAGCGAGAGGUAUUAGGUGGAAGAGUUGGGAGAGAGGGGAAAGAGCGAGAGCAUGGAGGUAUGGGUUUCAGGAAGAUACGGGAAUUCAAUAUUGCUUUGCUGGGUAAACAAGCCUGGCGUCUCAUUAAUCAACCUAGCUCCCUCCUUGCUAGAACCUAUAAGGCUAAAUACUAUGCGAAUAGCAAUUUUUUGGAUGCACAACUCGGAAGUAACCCCGCGAAUAGCAAUUUUUUGGAUGCACAACUCGGAAGUAACCCCUCCUUCAUUUGGCGUAGCAUUAUUGAAACACAAAUUACUAUCAAAAGAAAAAGCAGAUGGAGAGUUGGUGAUGGUGCAUCUAUCAAUGUUUGGGGUGACCCGUGGCUACCAAACAAUGACAACCCUUAUAUACAAUCCCCAAACUCCUCUCAUGGGAAUAUUAUCCCUUAUAUACAAUCCCCAAACUCCUCUCAUGGGAAUAUUAUCAAUGUCUCAGCUCUCAUUAACCCCAUAGAACCCAGGUGGAAUGACACUCUACUUGACUCCCUGUUCAACCAUGAAGAUCUGAUCAGCAUUAAAAGCAUCCCUCUCCCGGACUCGAAAAUGCCUGACAAAAUGAUUUGGAUGGAGGAUAUGAAAGGUGUUUAUACUGUGAAAAGCUGUUACAAAUCUCUCAUGGGCAAUUAUCAGUCAACUCAAGUUCCCUUUUGGACGAAAGCCUGGAAAUUUAUGCUCCCUCCAAAAAUUAAGGCUUUCUUUUGGCAGUUGUGCUCCAAUUCUCUGCCUACUCACGACCGUUUGAGAACAAGAAAUAUUCAAGUGCCAAAUAUCAGACCGCCUUCAGGAAUGCUUAAACUCAAUACAGAUGCUGCUCUUGAUCACAACACCAAUAGGAUGGGGUUCGGCUAUGUGCUUCGCGAUUCGGAAGGUCACUUUGUUGCUGUCUGCCGCCUCCCGUGGGAUGGUUUAUUUAAACCUGAUGAAGCUGAGUCUAUUGCCAUACGUGAAGCCCUAAAGUGGAUUAAAAACCUUCACCUAGACAACUUGCAUGUGGAAAGUGACUGCCAGAUUGCUAUUAAUGGCAUUCUUCAUGACUUCAUUUUAAAUUCAUCUCUUGAGCUUAUUUUUGAUGACAUUAGAAAAAUAGCUUCUAGUUUUACUAACUUAAGCUUUAUGUUUGCUAAACGGUCCGCGAAUAGGGUUGCCCACUGUUUAGCUAGGGAAUCCUUAUCAUUGUCUGGCCGUAUGGAUUGCUUUUCUGUCCCUUUUCCUUCCAUUGCUCACGUUUUGAGCUUGGAUCUUGAUUAA